AUGGCUUUCGUAAGCUUACUUGAAAUCUCUAUUGCUUUCUUUUGUUUCCUUAUCUUUCAAGUUUUCUUGAUCAGCAAAAAACCUCACCGCUCCUUUCUCACAAACUGGCCGUUACUUGGUAUGCUUCCGGGUUUGCUCCUCGAGAUCACUCGUGUUUACGACUAUCUAACCGAGGUUCUUGAGGACUCGAACUUAAACUAUCUUUUCAAAGGUCCUUUUUGCGGAGGCCUCGACAUGUUGUUCACCGUUGAUCCUGCUAAUAUCCAUCACAUUAUGAGCUCAAACUUCGCAAACUACCCGAAAGGAACCAAAUUCAAGAAGCUAUUCGACGUUUUGGGAGAUGGGAUUUUCAACGCAGAUUCAGAGCUGUGGAAGGAUCUGAGGAAAUCAGCUCAAAGUAUGAUGAUAAAUCCUGAUUUUCAAAGGUUUUCGUUGGCUACAAGCUUGAGUAAGCUAGAAAAAGGUCUUGUUCCACUUCUUGACCACGUUGCUAAAGAGAAGGUCGUUGUGGACUUGGAAGAUGUUUUCCAAAGAUUCACUUUCGACACUACGUGUGUUUUAGCGACUGGAUAUGAUCCGGGUUGUCUCUCGGUUGAUAUGCCGGAUAUCGAGUUUGCAAGAGCUUUAGAUGAUGCAGAGGAAGCGAUAUUCUUCAGACAUGUCAAGCCGGAGAUCUUGUGGAAGAUGCAAAGCUUCAUUGGGUUAGGAGAUGAGAGGAAGAUGAUUAAAGCUCGCAUGACUUUUGAUCGUGUUUGCUCCAAGUACAUAGCGUCCAAGAGAGAUGAGGCAAGCCGUGGGAUUAACAAAGUUGAUUCUCCUUCUCAAGAUUUGCUGACGUCUUACAUGAAUUUGGACACGACCAAGUUCAAGUUGUUGGAUCCGAGUGACGACAGAUUCCUUAGAGACACGAUCUUGACCUUCGUGUUAGCGGGUAGAGAUACAACAGGAUCUGCUCUGACCUGGUUCUUCUGGCUUCUAUGUAAGAACCAAGACGCCAUAGCCAAGAUUCGUCAAGAAAUCAACACAAACCUGUCUCCAAGAACCAAGACAGAUGCUUUUAACUCUGAUGCUGAUUCUGAUUCAUUCAAUCCCCAGGAGUUGAAGAAGCUGGUGUAUCUACAUGGCGCACUUAGCGAAGCCCUCAGGCUCUAUCCACCUGUUCCCUUCCAACACAAGUCUCCUACUCAAACCGACGUUCUUCCAAGCGGACACAAAGUCGAAGCAAACUCGAAGAUCUUGUUCUGUCUCUACUCAUUAGGGAGAAUGAAAUCGGUUUGGGGAGAAGAUGCGUUGGAAUUUAAACCGGAGAGAUGGAUUUCUGAGAAAGGAACGUUGGUACAUGAGCCAUCUUAUAAGUUCUUGUCCUUUAACGCCGGUCCAAGAACUUGUUUGGGGAAAGAAGUGGCUAUGAUGCAAAUGAAGACAGUGGCUGUGAAAAUCAUACAAAACUAUGAAAUUGAGGUCGUUGAAGGGCACAAGAUCGAGCCAGCUCCUUCCGUUAUUCUCCACAUGAAGCAUGGUCUCAAAGUCACGGUUUCUAAGAUAUGUUUGGUCUGA